AAUGAUGUUGCAAAUGAAGUCCAAGAUGAAGAUGAUGAUUUUGACGAUCACGUUGGACGUGUUAUAAUGGAGCGCAUCCAGUGGCCUGUACAGGACCUGCAGAGAGGCUGUGAGUGGACUACUGACCUCAUGGAUCAGUGUAGCCUUUACUUUCAACGGGUCUUGUCAAACAGCUUUUACCCAGUGCUGCAACGAGCCAUCGGGGUGGGCAGUGCCUUUGAAGGCUGGAGUCCCCGUGAGCAGGAUGUCGUGUACCGCCUGCUCAUCCCCAUGACUCCUCCCCGAGGCCACAGCUUCCACAUGGAGCUGGACAGCGCAGGGCAGAGGCACGUGAGGAACUUCCGUGUCCGCGUGCAGCUGGAGUGCACCUGCACGAGGGAGCAGCAGGCUGAGGACAUGCUGUGCUUCCUGCACCACCCCGAGGAGGAGCUGAGGAGGAAUCAGGAUCCCAGCCUCCUAGACACCCUGUGCACCGGCUCCUACCUCGACGUGCAGAAAACUGCCCGCUGGUUCUACCAGCUGGUGAGAGCAGUCUGGCCGGCUUUGCCUCAGUCACACAACUGGCAUUUAGCGCUGCUGCCCUCCACACGCUCCUGCCAAUUCAAGGUGACCAAUGGCAGGGAAAGCUUCAGGAUUGAGCUGCUCUUCGGGGUGCGGAGAGAUGACUCAGCCAUCUUUGUGUGCAGCCAGCCUAGAGAGGCCCAUACAGCAAGCACAACCUGGCCCGAGUCUUACGCUGUGGCAGAGGUUGAGUUCUUCAAGCACAUUGCCAGGCAGGCCCCCCCUGACAGCCUGCACCUCAAAUGCCUGCAGUUCUUCACCCGUCUUCAGCUGGGCUUCAGCUUUUCCACCUACACCAUGAAGACCAUUGUCAUGCACCUGCUCAAUGUCACACCCGUCUCAUCGUGGCGCAGGAGAGACCUCCUGGAACGACUGCAGGAUAUCAUCAACAGCCUGCAUUUUUGUGUGCGAGCAAAACGCCUCAACCACUUCAUUGUGGGCAACCAGAGGUUUCCUCAGGACAUCAAUUUACCUGCCGAUGUUCAAAGGGCUGAGCCAUACAAUCUCCUCCAUCACCUGGUGCAGCAGCCG